AUGCUUAACACCCCGGCCGUCCUACAAUCUAAGCUAGAUGCCCGCAAUCUCAAACAAAUGAUCAAGGAACCUACCAGGUACAACUCUAAAUCUGUAAACACAAGCACCCUCAUAGAUAUCAUCCUGACCAACCUGCCCUCCAAAUACACCUCUGCUGUCUUCAACCAGGAUCUCAGCGAUCAUUGCUUCAUUGUCUGCGUCCGUAAUGGGUCCGCGGUCAAACGACCACCCCUCAUCACUGUCAAACACUCCCUAAAACACUUCAGCGAGCAGGCCUUUCUAAUCGACCUGGCCCGGCAGAGAAAGUUCUACAUCUGCACCAUUGAGAACAUCUUGACUGGCUGCAUCACCGCCUGGUAUGGCAACUGCUCCGCAACCGACCGCAAUGCGCUACAGAGGGUAGUGUGUACGGCCCAGUGCAUCACUGGGUCUGAGCUGCCUGUCAUCCAGGACCGAUAUACCAGCCUGGGACGGCCUGGUGUGGACUGCUAUAGCCAGCAUGAAAGUGGAGCCGCUGUCCUCCAGCUACAGUUCCUCAUCAACGAGGGGGCGCUGGUUACGGCAUGUGCAGACGACACGCUACACCUGUGGAACCUUCGCCAGAGACGCCCAGCCAUCCUGCACUCGCUUAAAUUCAACAGGGAGAGGAUCACUUUUUGCCACCUCCCCUUCCAGAGUAAAUGGCUGUACGUGGGCACAGAGCGGGGCAAUACACACAUCGUCAACAUCGAGUCCUUCGUUCUGUCUGGAUACGUCAUCAUGUGGAACAAGGCCAUAGAACUAGCAACUAAAGCACAUCCAGGGCCCGUGGUCCAUCUGAGUGACAGCCCGAAGGAUGAAGGCAAGUUGCUGAUAGGGUUUGAGAGUGGAACAGUAGUCCAAUGGGACCUCCGAGCCAAGAAGGUUGACUUCAGAAUCUACUACGAUGAGGCUAUCCAUUCUGUGAGCUGGCAUCACGAGGGGAAGCAGUUCAUGUGCAGCCACUCAGAUGGCAGCCUGACUAUGUGGAACCUGAGAAACACAGCCAGGCCCAUUCAGAUCACCUACCCUCACGGGAAGAUACUGAAGGACGGGAGGAAAGAAUCGUGUAAGCCCAUCCUCAAGGUGGAAUACAAGACCUCCAGGAACAGUGAGCCCUAUGUCAUCUUCUCUGGGGGUCUGUCAUAUGACAAGUCCGGUGGAAGGAGGCCCACCCUGACCAUCAUGCACGGCAAAGCCAUCACAGUGCUGGAGAUGGACCACCCUAUCGUAGAGUUCCUAGUACUCUGUGACACCCCAUACUCCAACGAGGUCCAGGAUCCUUAUGCAGUGGUUGUGCUUUUAGAAAAGGACUUCAUCGUGGUGGAUCUGACACAGAGCAACUUCCCCAUCUUUGAGAACCCUUACCCCAUGGACAUCCACGAGUCUCCUGUCACCUGUACGGCUUACUUCGCUGAGUGCCCUCCUGACAUCAUCCCCAUCCUCUACUCCAUAGGGGCCAAGCAGAAGAAGACUGGCUACAGCCACAAGGAGUGGCCAGUGAGCGGUGGCACAUGGACACUAGGCUCACAGACCUACCCAGAGAUCAUCGUCACAGGACACGCAGACGGAACCGUAAAGUUUUGGGACGCCUCUGCUAUUACACUGCAGAUGCUGUACAAGCUGAAGACGUCCAAGGUGUUUGAGAAGCCCAAGGCGGGAGAGGGUCGGGCGGGCGAGCUGGUAGAGGAGGACCCCUACGCCGUUCAGAUGGUCAGCUGGUGCCCACAUAGCCGUCUCUUCUGUGUGGUGGGCAUUUCUGCCCACGUCAUCCUCUACCGGUUCAGCAAACACGACGCCAACACGCAGAUAGUGUCACUAGAGGUGCGCCUGCAGUUUGAUUCAGAGGACGUCAUCUCCCCGUCAGAGGCAGAGAACAACCUGUGUUUCUCGGACCCCAGUUCCCCCCAGCCGCCCGGUAGCCCUGGCAGUGGCACACAGGACAGCCUCCCCUGCCUCAAGGUGAAGAGUCGUCCAGUGCGGAUGCCUCCGGGGUACCAGGCUGAGAUGGUGGUGCAGCUGCAGUGGGUGGAUGGAGAGCCCCCCCAGCAGAUCACCAGCCUGGACAUCAACUCUGCCUACGGCCUCCUAGCGUUUGGGAACUGUAAUGGUCUAACGGUGGUGGACUUCCUUCAGAAGACGAUUCUGAUGUGUAUGGGCACACUGGACCUGUACGGAGCCGCAGACCCCUACCAACGACUCACACGCUCCCCACGCAAGAACAGACAGUCCACCUCAGGCCUUACAGAACUCUCCGAUAACCAGGUAUCCAUGGACAUGGAGAGAAGCAAGUCACCCACCUCAGAUCAUGUCAAUGGACAUUGCACUAGUCCCACCUCCCAGCCCUGCUCCGUGGGGAAGCCUCGCAUCACAGGGGUUCCCGAGGGCCCGCGGCUCACCCGGAGAGGGCCUGGCCGACCGCCCUUCCGCAAGGCCCAGUCCGCCGCUUGCAUGGAGAUCUCUUUGCCUGUUUCCUCCCACACAGAAGAAAGUAGAGAGAACUCAUUCAGUCGCUCGCGGAGCUCCAGUGUGUCCAGCAUUGAUCGCGACACCAAGGAGUCAGUGACCACGCUGCAGUUCGGAGAGUCCUACGGCCGUAAGGGCGAUGCUCUGCCUACCGCCUGCCUGUGGGUGGGCACCAGCCUGGGCGUGGUCCUGCUCCUGCCCAUAUCCAUCCCCACAGAAGAGGAGGAGAGGAUGGAGGAGCCCAUCACCAUGGGGCCCAGUGGUACCGUCCUGAUGCUAAAAGGCUCUGUGUUGCGAUUUGCCUUCCUGGACUGUGGGGGCGCUCUCAUUCAGAGUCCCUACGAGGUGUGGCGGGACCCCAACGGUCCGGAGGACCCCGACCGGCCCCGCAGGCGCAAGCUGAUCAACUUCUCCCCGUCAUCAUCCCAGGAGGCGUGUGGUGACGGUCACCUGGCCGUUGUGUGCUCUGAGAAGCAGGCCAAGGUCAUCCUCAUGCCCACCCAGGCUGUCCUGUUCACCCACAACAUCACCGAGUCCUCCUUCCUCCUGCGAGCUGACGUUGUCUCCGUCUGCAACAGCGUCUGCCUGGCCUGCUUCUGCGCCAACGGACACAUCAUGACCCUAAGUUUGCCCAGUCUAAGACCCCUGAUGGAUAUCAACUACCUUCCCUUGACCGACUUGCGUAUCGCCCGGACCUUUGUCUUCACUAACGGAGGCCAGGCCCUGUAUCUGAGCUCUCCUACAGAGAUACAGCGUCUCACAUACAGCCAGGAGAUGACGGACAACCUACAGGACAUGCUGGGGGAGCUGUUCACUCCUAUAGAAACACCAGAGGCCCAGAACAAAGGAUUCCUCAAGGGCUUCUUUGGGGGCAACGCCCAGACCUUCGACAGAGAGGAGCUGUUUGGGGAGGCAGCAGCGGGAAAGGCCUCUCGGAGUUUGGCCCAGCACAUCCCUGGUCCAAUGGGAUUGGAGAACAUGAAGGCUGCAGCCGGCGGCGUCGUGGGGGACCUGGCCCGAGCCCGCAUCGCCCUGGACCAGAGAGGAGAGAGACUGGGUGAGCUGGAGGAACGCACCGCCCUCAUGAUGAACAGCGCCGAGACCUUCUCCACACACGCCCACCAGGUGAUGCUGAAACAUAAGGACAAGAAAUGGUAUCAGCUUUAAAGGCAGGACAGCGGGCUGUGACUGGGUGGGGUGGGGUGGGGGCACUAUGUUGGGACAUGGACCUUUAUUCGACGGACAUGAGAGCGAUAGAGAUAGAGAGAGACACAAGAGGGACUUUGUGUUAACGGGCCUCUCUGUAGGCCGUCUGUACAUCAUUGUCACAAGACUUGGAUAGAGGGCAGUCACUUAUCUAGACUAUAGUGAGAUGGACACAGACCAGGAAGUAAGUUGGUACGACAGGGGGAACCCAAAGUGGAUGAUGACAGUCCAUCAGUGUGUGUAGGUGGGUUACCCAGAUCUUGCUGUGUAGAUACUCUAAAGUUAAUAAUCCAACAAGACUGCAUGAAACUAAACAGAUGAGUACAAAAAAAGUAAAACUGCAAUAUUAAAAAGCAGCAUGCUACUUUAACAGAGGGAAAUAAAACAAAAUACAACUUUUAUUUAAUAAUAUAAGCCAACAACAGAAAGUAUGAAAAAAACUUUAUAUUUUUGGAAAUAUGGAAAAAAAGAUAUAUAAAAACGAAAAUGUAUUCCUGCAUAGCUAUAAAGCCACAUUUUUCUGUUUGCCUUUUUUUUAUUACUUUCAUUUGGUUUUUGAACACAUUCUGAACACACAUCAUUUCAGUUUCAAUGCUUUCUUUACACAAUACUACUACUGAUGAUACUAUUCAUAUUCCCACCAUUAGACACUGAGCUCAAACUAUAUCGUUAUCCAAGAUCUCUGUGGUGUACUCACAGUGCAAAAACACAAUCUAGUCUUUCAACAUAUAUCACUCCACACAUUCUGAACAACUGAAUUGUCAAUUUUACUGGCACUAAUUUCAUUCUCUUGGCUGCUACUACUGACUAGACCUGUUACCAGGGAAAAAAGGUACAUUUCACCCCCCCUGCCAGAAAUGUGUGAACACAGAGAAUAUAUUGAUUAAUAAUGUGUGAACACAGAGAAUAUAUUGAUUAAUAAUGUGUGAACACAGAGAAUAUAUUGAUUAAUAAUGUGUGAACACAGAGAAUAUAUUGAUUAAUAAUGUGUGAACGGUCAUGGAAAUGAGUUGUGUUGGCUGAGGUGCCACGGUGAUAGUAGACUGUGAGGUCUGGAUUGAGUGUGUUUAUAUUUCUAAUCUGAACAUAUAUAACAUGAUGUAAUAAUUCACGUGCCAUAAAUCAAGAUGGGUGAAGCCCCUUACUGUAAACUAGCAAAGAGCUAAUACUAUGUGGUAGUAAUGACGUGUUUGCUGUAGAUAAGAGUAGGCUAGCUGAGCCCAACUUUUCAGUAUGGCCGCUGAUAGGCGUCUGUCGCUGUAACUGGGUUUCUGGUUCUUUUGACAGAAUUGUGACACCUUUUUUUAACGUUUUGUUUUUGUUGUUGUUUGUUGCUUCUUCAUUGGAAUCUUCUGCUGCCUUUCUCAUAUUAUGUAUGAGUUUGUUGAGCCAGUGUGUGUCUCACGCAAGCCCAUGUAAAGACAAAACUCUUACUCUUUCUUCUGCCAAAGCAAUUCACGAAUGAAGGUGUCAGUUGGAGGAUUGUGUCAUCAUAUGUUAUUGUGGGUGGUGGGUCCCGUGUUUACAUUUUGGUAUCCAGAGUGGUCCUCUUUUGCACGUUGAUGAGAAAACUAUGCUUCAGAAGUCUCCAGGGGUCUUGUUGAACAGGAGUAGGUCUAGCUAAAAGACUGAGGUAGAGUCAGAUCCAUUUAAACACUACUACCAUUCCGGAUCAAAAAUAUCCUGCGGUCGGUCCGUGUUGUUGAUCUAUAUGGAGAAAUGUAAUAAGACUAACAAUAGCCUACCAUCAUGAGUCUUGCGGUUGUCAGGUGUCGUUGGCACAUACAGUAUAUGGAUCUUCUAUGUUACACAUAUUGGUACAUGUAAGGAAUCCAGACUGAUAUGAGUUUGAAGCAAAGGUGUUUCUAUUCUUCGUUUUACUCGUAAUUGCUCUUGAUGACCUUAAUGUAACCCCCCUUAUCCUCACCCCCUAGUGGAUGGUGGUAGCCUCUUCUCUCCUAAAUGAUCAUCUAUGUACAAAGAUUGUUCUAUGAUACAUGUUAUUGUAUAUGUUGUACAAGUCAAUAAGUGUACACGUAACACUGACAAGUCCUCUCGUAACUGAUCUAUUGUGACAUGACAAUACCAUCAUUUAUUUUUCUGUUUUCAAAGGUUAUGUUUGUAUUUUUAAAUGAUAUACGAAAGUCUAAAUGAUUGUUAUGACCACAACAGUCACUCACUCUCCCUCACCGACGCUCACAUAUCCACCCUGCCUUGAACCACAGAAAGGUGGUUACCAUAACCAUACAGGCAACCAUUCUCUCACACAACAUAUGUUACACAACACAGCUGAAACACACACACACACACACACACACACAGGUAAAAACUUGCAUUAUCACUAUUCAUUUCACUCUGCUCCUUCUCAGGCUAGUGAGACAUUCCUAAAGGACAGACAGUCUACUGUACUGGGAGCCAGUCAGCCCCAGACCCUAGAAAGAGUUGGAUUCGAUUGCCUGGCUGCUUUCCAGGCCAAUAUGAAGGCCAUUGUCCAUAACUGAUUGUGGUGGUCUAAUGAAGAGGGAACAGAUCUAUUUCCCUAUGUGUACUAUACCGUCUCUGAGGUUUGUGUUGAGUUAGUACAGGUGCAGUUAACUUCAAUGGCUGAGAAAAAGAAAACCGGGACUUUUCCUGACAUAAAGGGUGUUUUGUUUGUAUGUUUAUUUUGAUUUUAUAUCAACUGUACAACAACGCUGGCUGGGAGUAAAGAAAAACACAAAAACAUAGAAAAAUAGGAUAUUCUUAGGAUAUUCUUUCUCUGUAGAUGUCUGUUAAAUGAAUCAUGGUACUGUACCUGGUUAUUCUGGCUGUGUCUAGUCACUGGAACUCUUGUCCACACUGUUGUUUCCUGGCCAAGCCAACCGUUUCUCUGGUUGUUUUCUCAAUGAUGGCAGCAAAGUUUGUCUUGUUUAAAUGGAUUCUACCACCUUUUGUUCUUAUUGAUAUUAUAGUAGUGUAAUAGAGAUUACUGGAAAAAAGAACUGAAAAUAUGUUGAUGCAAAUCAAAAAUUCAAAUAAACAUUGAUUGAUGUAC